AUGCGUGUUUGUAUUCUACGUCAGUUACUGGAAAGGUGUGGAAUAGAAGCGAUGAAAGCGUUUAACACAAGUAUAAGCUUGGGUUAUCUCAGAACUGAGAGGCGAGAACGGCUUAAUCUCGAUUUUGAGGUACGUCUAAGUCUUUUGAGUAGUAAUUGUGUUUACUACUUUUCUCUCUUCCUUAAUCUGAACGCACAUCAACAUAUUCAUUCAUUCUUUAUUCCUUUCUCCAGAUUUCUUCAAUCUAGUUGCAAACUGAGGCCAAGGUAA